CUUCCCCAACGCCGAGAUGGCAACCGGGAUUGCAGAGCUCGAACCGGACGUGUACGCCAUUAUAACACCCAACACUGUCUGGAAGGUGGAUUUGAACAAUGGCACGAAGAACACUCCAACGCGAAUCGCCACACUCCAGUCCGCCAGAACGCUCAAUGGUAUGGCGGUAUUGGAUCCUGAUACUCGAACGGUGGCUAUCUCAGACUCUGAGGCUGGAUUGGUCUGGCGUCUCGAUACCAGUACUGGAAACUAUACCGUAAUACUGAAGGACGAGACCAUGGCUGCAAAUACAAAGGAAGGUGUCUUGCUCGGGAUCAACGGAUUGAGGGUACACGAUGGUCAUGUCUACUAUGUCAACACACCAGAACGACUUUUCUGCCGUAUCCCAGUGAACACAACGACUGGUCGAGCAACUGGCUCUCGCGAAAUCAUCAGCCAAGGCGCGCUGGCAGAUGACUUUGCCAUUAGUCGCCAGGGAGUUGGAUAUCUUGCUGGUCUAACAGAUAGUGUCGUGACGCGGGUCUUUGCGAAUGGGACACAGGAAGUGAUUGCAAACUCAAGUGCGUUGAUGUCCGCUACGUCAGGGGCAUUUGGACAGCUUGGUGGCUCGGAUGUUUUGUAUAUCACGACUGGAGGGGAGACAUUGCAUGUGGUCAAUGGUACGAGUUCGAAGGGAGGGAAAAUACUGGCGUUGUCUCUCGGCCCCUAGAAACUUGGAUAUACCACGACGCCAAAAUGUCGCAUUCUAUAUUUGCUAAAGCGACUGUAGCUAGC